AUGGGCCUGGUCGUAAGAAGAAAUCAAGAUGGCAGUCGUGGCUGGAAAUUUCUAGGAAGUCUAAGAAGAAAGGCAAGAGUCGAAGGAAGAAGCCCAAAGUUUACAGCUGCUCCAAAUGCAAGCAACCAGGACAUACGCGCCCGUAUUGUGUGUCCAAGCCUGCUGAGAAGUAAACUCGGCGGUCUACGAGCGGUCUUCCGGAGGUCUACGAGGUUCCGUAUUCUAUGGAGGUCUACGAGGCUACGGAAAUUUGUGGAGGUCUACGAGGCGUAUCUCGCGAUCUACUUUAUUCGUUCACGGAUUUCAUUGCUUACUAAAGCGGAUUUCAUUGCGUAG